AUGGCUGAAGUUGCUGGUCUUGUUCUGGGAGGGUUGCCACUCGCAAUCUGGGCUCUUGAGAAAUAUGCGGAGCCUUUCCAGGCUUUUCACAAUUAUCGUACUUCCAUAGAGACAUUUCGGACCGACCUGAUCUUGCAAAACCGGCAGCUAGAGACGACUCUCUGCAACAUCGGACUGGGCAAGAAGCCGUCGAGCAAAGAGCUACGCGAAUGCUUUGAUACCAAGUUCUCGAGUAUCUCUCGAGAACUGAUGUCCCUGUUUCAACGCAUGGACGAGGUUACUUGCUCGCUCCUGAAGAACCUGGAUAUCGAUACAAACAACAAGCCGAAUGCUCUGUCGGAUAGGGCCCAAUGGGAAUGGCAUCGAGUGAAACACAGUUUCAGCACCAAAAAGCGCAAGAAAGUGAUUGAGGACCUCAGAAAUUGGAAUGAAGACUUGAGAAGAUCUCUUGAGAAACCGGAGGUGCCUGCGGAAGACGAAAGCGACAAAGUGCAAGGUCUCAAGCGCCGCUUCAAUGUCCAGCGUUGCAGCUCAAUACGUCAGUGUCUAAGCUCUCUUCACAGAGCACUCGAGGCCGGGUUUCGUUGUACUUGUUCUCCACCUCACCAAGCUGCCAUCGACCUCGACUGGGCGACAUAUGAAUCCGACACAGCCAAGCCUUUCAAAGUGGCCAUCUCUUACGGAACAAAUCCGCAAUCAUCCCAGUUACUUGACUCAUGGCGAAGGGUUCAUGUCACUUCAGCUUCCAGCAAGAUUGCCAGUCCAACUCCCGACUUCCUAGCCCCUUCACAAUCUCCUGCUAGAGCCCCUUCCCCAUCUUCAUCUAUCCGAUCUAAGAUAGUACACUUCAUAUCCCGCCCAUCACCUCAGACACCCUCACCACCGCUUACAGCGCCGGCUUUACUCACUUCAUCGACCUCUGCAUCAAUUUCAACAAGUACCGAGAUUACCAGUCUCUGUAAUACAGCAUGUGCAGAAUGUACCUCAUGGACCAUGACAGGCUUCAUAAAAGACCUAGAUGAGGAGGAAGAUCGGCAAUUCCAUCUCGACCACAGCCCAACAAAUGUGUCAAAAAUUGUCAAAGCCAUCCCUCUGAAAACUCUCCUAUCAUCUCACGAGCAGUCAACCCAGCAACCAACCACACAUGCUUCCCUAUCCGCAAAACAGAGGUACAGCAUUGCCGCAUCCACUGCCUGGUCAGUCCUGCACCUGAGUGGCAGUCCCUGGCUUACCGACCACUGGCACGAAAAUCAAGCAAACAUCUUCCUCGAGAGAAACCGAGACGGCCGGGAGUUACUCUCCCAACAUCCUUGCGCCUCGUGUAUCUUCUCGGCGCCAAGUACACCCGAGAAGCCGCCCACUACCGACUUCGAUUAUAUGAUCCCCAACCGAAUUGUCUUCGCUCUUGGCAUUCUUCUAAUAGAGCUUUGCAUAAACAAGUCGAUUGCGGGGAUUCAACGGACUAGUGAGAGCGCAAUGCCAGGCUCACUGCUCGACGACUACCAAGCCGCAUUAAGAAAGCUGGAUGAGGUAUACAGCCUUGCAGGAGAUUCUUACGGGUAUGCGGUGGAGCGGUGUGUGAAGUUUGCAUUCCAAGGCCGCGAUGUAUACAAGGACUUCGGUUUCUCGCAGUUUCGGCAGCAAUUCUACGACACGGUGGUUGCGCCGGUGCAGGCGACUUAUCUUACGUUUGCAGAUAUGCGCAUUCCUGUUUAG